AUUCUGCUCAGACCUGCUGCAGCUGGAGGCAUCAUGGCCGACAGGAAGUGUUGUGGCGUUUCUGCUGUUAAAGUCGCACUUGCUGUCCUCCUCGUCGUCAUGACGAUGGUCUGCAUAACGCUGAUGGCUCUGAUGCUCACCCCGACGACUCACACAGGGUCAGAUCCAGAUCCCCAGAACCCACCUUACCUGAUCGGAGUGGGUCGAGCCGACUGCACCGGACCUCCAGCUGAAAUCCCUCUGAUGGGUUAUGCAAACCCUCAGCAGAAGGCUGCAGGCAUUCACACACGUCUGUACAGCCGAGCCUUCAUCGUCGAUGAUGGAAAUCAGAGAGUCGUCUUCGUCACUGCAGACAUUGGGAUGAUCUCUCAAAGGCUGAGACUGGAGGUUCUGAGGGCCCUGAAGGAGAAGUACGGGACUUUGUACCGGCGGGACAACGUGGUUCUGAGUGGGACCCACACCCACUGUGGACCGGCCGGAUACUUCCAGUACACGCUCUUCAUGAUCACCAGCAAUGGUUACAUUAAGGCUGUGGUAGAACCACUGGUCAAUGGCAUCGUGAAGAGUAUAGACAUAGCCCACAGCAACAUGAGGCCCGGCAGGAUUUACAGGAACAAAGGUGAGCUGGAAGACAGCAGCCUGAACAGAAGUCCUCACUCCUACCUGAACAACCCUAAGGAGGAGAGAAACAGGUAUAAGUGGAACACAGACAAACAGGUGCUGGUGCUGAAGUUUACAGAUCUGGAUGGAGAUGGAAUUGGUAUGAUCAGCUGGUUUGCCGUCCACGCCGUCAGCAUGAACUACACCAACCGCAUGGUGAGCAGUGAUAAUAUGGGCUAUGCUUCCUACCUGCUGGAGCAGGACAAGAACCGCGGAGAGCUACCUGGACAGGGAAGUUUUGUUGCUGGUUUUUCCUCCAGUAACCUCGGAGAUGCCAGUCCAAACAUUAAAGGACCUCACUGUAUGAACACUGGGCUGCCCUGCGACUAUCUGAACAGUUCCUGUCCUGUGGGAGGGACUAAGGAGUGUAAAGCGUUUGGACCAGGAGAAGACAUGUUUGACAGCACCAGAAUAAUCGGGCACAACGUCUACAUGAAGGCCAAGGAACUGUAUGCAAGUGCAGUGCAGGAGGUGACUGGUCAGGUCCGGUUCGCUCAUCAGUGGGUCAACAUGACAGACGUGACUGUUCAGAUCAACGGCACACACACGGGGGAUGUUGUUUCUGUCACAUUUGUAGCAGGAAACCCUCGACACUCUGGAGACAUUAGAGAGAAAACUUUUGUCACUGUGGAGAUGUAUGAUAACAGAACAGAAACCUGGGAGGUGGUCCACACAGAUGCAUCAUGGGAAACUAGGUUUCACUGGUUGAAAGGUACAAAUCGACAGAGCAAUGCCACCAUUGAAUGGUACGUUCCCUCAUCGGCUCCCAGCGGCUCCUACAGGAUCAGACACUUCGGACAUUACAAAGAGAUGAAAGGACUGCGGCCUGUCAUCACUGCGUACGAAGGCUCGUCUGACAUCUUCAGAGUCACCGAAAGCUUCUACCAGCAGUGACAUCAGUUCAACAUCCAGAGAAAGAACAUCUGUAAGACUGUCCACAUCUGUGUUUCUGAAACUGAUGGUCCUACUGCAGAUU